AUGGGUAAUUCUGCCUCUCCUAACAUGAAAUCAGAUAUAACAUACUCCAAUUUCGCAAAUGCCAAGUCGGAUGAUUCAAGAGUUUCUGCCACUCUACCACCACAGAGGCCUUGGAUACCUUUGACUCGACCAAACAGGACUCGUCCGACUUGUAUAUUCACAGUAAUGUGCUACAACGUUCUAUGUGAUAAAUAUGCAACAAGGCAGAUGUACGGCUAUUGCCCUAGUUGGGCGUUAGAGUGGGACUACAGAAAGAAGGGAAUUUUGGAUGAAAUCAGACAUUAUUCUGCAGAUAUAAUUAGUUUACAGGAAGUAGAAACAGAUCAAUUCUACAACUUCUUCCUGCCAGAACUAAAAGGAGAUGGUUACGACGGGAUUUUCUCGCCAAAGUCGCGAGCGAAAACUAUGUCGGAGUCUGAGAGAAAGUAUGUCGACGGAUGCGCUAUCUUCUUCAGAUCUGCCAAAUUUGCGUUAGUUAAAGAACACCUUAUUGAGUUCAACCAACUAGCGAUGGCGAAUAGUGAGGGGUCAGAUAACAUGUUAAAUCGCGUCAUGCCCAAGGACAACAUUGGGUUGGCGGCCUUACUCAAGACGAAAGAGGCGGCUUGGGAAAACGGACUUCCAACAGAUUCAUCGAUGCUCGCCCAGCCGAUCUUAGUGUGCACUGCCCACAUCCAUUGGGACCCGGAGUUUUGCGAUGUAAAGUUAAUCCAGACGAUGAUGUUAAGUAAUGAACUUCGGAACAUUUUGGACGACUCGGCACGGACACUGCGCCUCGCCGGACAUCGGGACAACGUACAGCUGUUGCUGUGUGGAGAUUUUAACUCAUUGCCGGACAGUGGUGUGGUAGAGUUUUUAUCGGCGGGGCGAGUAUCGUCAGAGCACCGCGACUUCAAAGAGCUCGGGUACGCGGGAACGUUGCGAAGAAUGCCUGGCUCAGAACACGAAUUCACGCACAAUUUCAAAUUAGCCUCCGCCUACAGCGAAGACAUAAUGCCCUAUACUAAUUACACGUUUGACUUUAAAGGUAUAAUCGACUACAUAUUCUACAGUAAGCAAACAAUGACGCCUCUCGGUCUCUUGGGGCCGCUCUCUCAAGACUGGUUCCGCGAACACAAGGUCGUCGGAUGUCCACAUCCUCAUGUACCUUCAGAUCACUUCCCGCUGCUGGUCGAGCUGGAGAUGUCGCCCACCACGAGCGGCAACUCCAACGGGCUGAUCGGGCGCAGGUAG